AACCAAGUUAAUUGCAAACAAAUGGCGUCGAAUGAUGCCGAAGUAGAGCGCGAGGAGCGUCUCAAAUCCGCUCUCUGGUACUCCAUCGGCCAAUUCAUCGACGAAAAGUCACUAGAAAACGACCUGAAUGCUACCCCACAAUACAUCGGUGCCCUCACUGAGCUAGUCUAUACUCAAAUUGCAAACACCGCCCGGGACCUGGAAGUCUUCUCCAAACACGCCGGCCGCAAGACAAUCAACCCAGAUGACGUACUACUCCUCGGACGACGAAAUGAGCAACUACAAGCUAUGCUAGAGAAGGAGCUAGAGGACAUCAGAGCAGCAGAGGGGAGAAAGGCAGAUGGACAACCGGCCCCUACCCGUGCGCAACCAACUACAGCUGCGGCUGGGAAAAAGAGAGGCAGACCUGCUGGUGCGGGUAAGGGCAAGGCGAAAGCUUGAAGAGUAUACAUGUGUUUUAGCUUGGACUUAUACUGGAGUAUGGAGUUAUGGUAUGAUACCCUUAAGUACGUUGAACACGGCUCACUUAGACAAUUCAUCAACAUGUGAACAUCA